AUGGCGCACACCGUUCUGCGAAUCGACAGAUCCGACACUGACUUCCCGGCCCUCGUCAGCAAGUACAAGGCCCUGCGAUUGUCGGCCCUGCAACAGACUCCAAGCGCAUUCUCUUCAACUUACGAGGCCGAGUCCAAGUUAUCGGACCAUGACUGGAUGGCUAGACUAAGAAAUCCAUCCAAAGACACCUUCGUCGUAGUCGACUCUGACGGCGAGUGGGUGGCACAAGUGACUGUCUACGGCCCCGUCUCUGCAGAAGCCUAUACCCUCCCCCGCGAAGCCGGCCAACCUCCCGUAGCACCCGAUGAAGACGAGGAGAAGUGGCAGAUGCUCAGCCUCUACGUCCUCCCAACCCACAGAGGCAAGGGCGUAGCAAAGCUGCUUUGUCGAGAGGCAAUCGAACAUCUCCGAUCCCUCCGCCAUACAGCCCCGAGGAUCCGCGUCCGCACAAUGAUUGCCCCAGACAACCAGGCUGCAUGCAAGCUCUUUGGAUCCCUUGGGUUCUCUGACGCUGGGCUGUGUACUCUUGCGGAAGGGUUGAGGAGCAAUGGGGAGGCGGUGCCCGAGGGAGUCUUGUCUGCGGAAUACACCACUAGGGCUGGAAUCAUUAUGGCAAUCACGCAGAAUCGCUUUUAA